AUGGCUGAGCGGCGAUCAUCCCAUGGAUCAGGCAGUCACCGAAACCAGUCAUCGUCGCUCUCAGCAUUGGUAUCAACGCUGGUGCCAUGCGUGGCCCUCGCCGCCGUUCUCGUAGCACUCGUCCUCUUCUUGCGCAGGAAACAACAUGAGAAGACGCCUCCGCCUCGACGAGGCUUUCUCGAUUGGGUCGGGGAUUUCCGAAACAUCAGCGAUGAAUACAUCCUCAGCCACCACUCACUCGAUGGCUACCUUUAUGUCCGAUUCUUCAAGAUGAUGGUCUUCAUGGCUUUUGUUGGUUGCUGUAUCACGUGGCCCGUCCUCUUUCCCGUGAAUGCAACUGGCGGAGGGGGCCAGUCCGGGCUAGAUAUCCUUUCUUUCAGCAACGUGGAUGACGCCACAAGUUUGGCUAAUCCCAUCGGCUUCGUUCUGUAUCUGAUUUGGAGCGAAUUGCUCUUCCUGAUCAAAAUCCGGCAAGCAUACAUGCUGUCGGCCUGGAACGCGAGUCGGAUCUCACAACGGACAGUUCUCUUUACAGAUGUGCCGGAGCAAUUACCGUCAUAUGUGCGAUUGCAGAACAUGUUCUAUUCUAUCGCGGAGAUAUGGCUUGUCUCGGACACCUCGGACCUGCAAGACGACGUGGACGAGAUGAACGACACUGCUCUCAAACUGGAAGGCGCCGAAAUAAACAUGAUUGAAAAGGCUGUCAAGAAGUACAAAACGAUGGGCAACCAUGCACUCACAGACAAUGAUCAGGAACGGGUGUUCCGGGACCAGCCUAUCGACCCUAGACAUCGACCCGCUCAUCGACUCCAACCUUUAAUAGGAAAGAAGGUCGACUCUAUUGUGCAAACAGCACAACUCUCUCAUCUUUCAGGCAAGGAAAAGCUCAUCAGUGCCGUCUUCAUCGAAUUCGAGCCCCUAGCUGCAGCCCAGUCCGCGUACGCCUUGACAGUGUCCGACAAACCCGCCACAUUCAUCGCUCGGCAAUUUGGCGUCCUACCAAACGAGGUCAUCUGGAACAAUCUGAAGAUGAAUUCCUGGAACAAAUCUGCCCGCUGCGGCAUAGCUACGGCGGCAAUUGUUGCGCUCAUCCUCUUCUGGAGCAUCCUAGUUGCGGUAGUAGGUAUCAUCAGCAACGUGAACUAUCUGACUGAAAAUGUGCCGUUCCUCGCCUGGAUCGAUGGUAUCCCUCAGGUGAUCCUCGGGGUCAUCACGGGCUUGCUGCCUACGGUGCUUCUUGCUGGCCUGAUGGUGCUCGUCCCAAUCGUUUGUCGCUUGUUAGCGAAGCUCGCCGGCGCAGUAACCCUAUCUGAGGUCGAACAGCAGACACAAGUCUGGUACUUCGGGUUCCAAGUCGUUCAAGUCUUCCUCAUCACUACAUUCACAUCAGGCGCCACAGCUGUAGCCAGCCAAAUCGUUAGUAAUCUUCCACAGGCCGUUCCUCUGCUAGCUAAGAACCUGCCUAAAGCCAGCAACUUCUAUAUCGCCUACUUUAUCCUGUAUGGCGUGGCAAACUCGGCCAAAUACCUCUUCAACGUCAUGGGCCUCGUCGGGAUCUUCGUCCAGAAUCGUUUCGCCAAAACCCCUCGGAAGAAGUACGACAAGUGGAUGCAGUUGACGGCUCCUAGCUGGGGCUCUGAGUACCCCAAAUGGACGAACAAGGGUGUCAUAGCCAUAUCAUAUGCUGUCAUCGCGCCGCUUGUUCUCGGCUUUGCCACCGUGGGUAUGGGGCUCAUAUAUCUAGCCUACCGUUACAACAUGAUCUAUGUGCAUAACACCCAGGUCGACACAAAAGGAGCAUCUUACGGACGCGCGGUGCAGCAGCUCAUGGUUGGAGUCUACCUCGCAGAGUUGUGUCUGUUGGGCCUCUUCGGGAUUGGGAUCGACGACCGAGCGACAGCUGUGGGACCUGUGGUAAUGCAGGUUGUGCUUAUCGUGGCCACGGUCAUCUUCUACAUUUCUAUGAGGAGGAAGCUGAAUCCGUUGAUUGAGACCUUGCCACUGAACCUAUUAGCGGAGUCAGAGAAGCGCGCCGAUAGGGACGCUGUCAACACGGCGGAGCGUGGAGAAGCCAUGCAUCCAGGAUUCGAGUCGACGAACGGACCGGCGAUGGAUGGUAUGAGAGGAGCGGAUGGAGGCCUCGUAUCCGGAUGUGCCGCGGACCAUGUAGCGGGAUGCCAUGUGCAAGCCGUGCCCAACGACCUCGCCCAACGUUCUUUAAGACCACCGAAACAGUCGCUUCUAAUGCGUCUAUUGAUGCCGCAGACUCAAUCGGCAGUCGAGCUCUCCGCUUCUCUCGAUGCACGAUUCCGCUUGCCAGGACCUGCAUAUUCAGUGGGGGAUGCCAGGGAGGCGUGUCUCCAUCCAGCCAUCACUACGGAGCCGCCGGUGAUCUGGCUUGCGAGAUGUGGACUGGGAAUCAGUCGGCGGGAAGUGACUAGACUGCGUGAGUCACUUGGGAGGUAUGGAGUAGAAGUGACAGACGAGGGUGCACUAGUUAAUGAGAAGGGGAAGGUUGAGUGGAGUGAAAGGACUGUGUGUUAG